GAAUCUAGCACUGAUCAUAUCACUGAAAAACAAUAUUUACUAACCGUCCAACAACACAUAGCUGCUUAUAAGAAACUUGAAGAUCAUAAAAUCUCAUUUAUUACCCAUUUAGAACAAUUCUGCCUACAGUGUUAUCCAGACUAUAAAACUCAAUCAGGAAAACUAUCAUCUUUUGAUAAUUUUUGGGCCCAAGAGAGUGAGGCUAGCUUUUUGGAAAGAGAUCACUUAUUGAAAUAUUUGUUGAGAAAAAUUGUUACUACAAUUAGAUAUAGGGAUAACAUACUAAAGGAAUUCUUUAAUAGCAUUGCUGAUAAAUUAUAUCAAAUUUGGGGAAGCAAUGAAAGUUCCCUAGGGAUGACACUACCAGUAGCAAUGUAUGGAUCACCAUCAGGAACUACCAUACCUCAACCACCAUCUAAUAUACCAUCAUAUGUACAACCACGACAACCAUAUCUGGGAGAUAGGAGGCAAUAUGACGAAGAAGAAAAUGAUAUAUAUGCCCCUGAUUAUGAACAAAAUAUCCUAUUUGAAUAUGUUAAUGACGAUGAUGAAACAUUACAGGAAACAUCUUUCUUUGACAAUACAAAUGAAUUAAAGAGAGGAGGAACCCCAAGUAGAAUACCUCGAAGAGUUACAUUUAAUACAAGUAAUGAUAGGAGAUCUCUAUCCUCUGUUAGGGUAGAAAAUGUUCAACAAUUAGUAGCCUCAACAUUAUCCAGUAAUCAAUCGUCAAGGCCAUCAAAUUUAAGGGUAACAACUCCAUCGGUAGGAAAUACAAAUAGUGGAUCAUCAUUGGAAAAUCCCUACAAUUUUUCCCAAGCAACUCAAUAUAGUCAUAUAUUUGACCCCUUAGCACCACUUAAUCCUCUCUGA